GAAAUGUCUCCUAUAAAUAACCAUUUUCUGUUUCAGGCAAAAUUUACAUUGAAAAUUAUCUUGGUGCAGCUGUUCAGUUUUUCUACAGUUGUGAAUUGCCAAAAAAAGGAACAGUAAUUCCUUGGGUGCCUCAGAGUUAAAUCCUUUUUAUUUAACAUACUACGUAGUGGAGCUGUGAUCGAAGUCUAACUAUUAUUGCUAGCUGUUCUUAGAUUUGCUAAAACUGAGAAUUGAAAAGCCCUGUGUAGAUGAUCCUCACUGUUUUACAAUUUCUGUGGCUUUUCAGUUCCAUAAUUACUGACCCUGAUGGCACACUGCCCCAAAAAUGAAUACUUUGAUAAUUUGCUGCUCUCUUGUAAGCCUUGUCAUCUUCGAUGUUCUAGUACACCGCCACCUUCAUGUGAAAACUACUGUGAUAAAAGUACUGAUUCAAGUGGAGUUCUUUGGAUUUAUUUGGGCUCAGGAAUAAUUUUAAUGCUCACUCUGUUUACCUUAAUGGUCUUGUUUAAAUGGAAGCACCUAAAGCACCUAAAGGAAAAACUGAAAAACACAGACUCUUCUGUGGAGCUGAAUAAUAUUCUCAAGGCCAAUACUGAAAGCAGUGUGAGUACAGAGGGAAUUAGACACUCACUUCAACAUGAAACAUUAAUGUAUUCAGUGGAAGAAUGCACUUGCAGUGAUUGUGGCUUGGUAAAACCUCAGACUGGCUGUGAAACUUCAUUUCCAUUACCAGCUACAGAAGAAGGAGCUACAGUUCUAGUUACCACAAAAUCUUUUGAUUAUUGCAACUAUAUUCUUGGUGCUGGGUGACUAUGAGAAAGUAUAUUUUUACUGCAUAAUAAUAAAGUAGUUAUUCCAGUAUAGCUAUUAAUCUUAAUACUUGCAGCCAGUGGAGAAGGCUAGUACACAAUCCUUAUAGACUGAGCUUUCAUUAAUAUUGCCAUAUUAUUUCUAAUUCUAGUAUCUCUUUGGUCAAGUAUUUCUACAUUAUUCUCAGGUACUGAACUAAUUACUGGAAUUUCUAAUUUCUGAAAGUCCCUACAUAGGAUGGCUUUAUCUGCCUUUAGAGAUUGUAUCUAGUUAUGCUGGAUACAUACAA